CGAAAUUGUCGGAUACUAAGAAUCGACCUUACCCGGGGGUACUAGCCGAAAAUGUCGUCCAGCAUGAACAGCACACUUCCGCAAAGACUUUCAGCUAAAUUCAAAGGGUCUUUUGCGUACUACACAAUCAGAGAUCGCUUGCCAGUAAUCCUUACGAGAGUGGUGGACACUGUGUACACAUAUCGCAUCAAGGCAACGCAACAAUAUGGAGAGGAAGGAGCAAGGGACUGCAAAUCCAUCGUCGCCAGCCUUGCCAAACUCAGGAACGAGAUGCAAACGGAUAAGCCCAUCCUUCCUCUGGUGAGCGACAAGGACGAGGACAGUGAGAUAUGGCAGCGUUACCUGGAGGAGGAGACUCAGAGGAACAGCGGGCAGCCCCCGAGCUGGUUCCAGUCCCCUUGGCUCUACUUUGAAUGCUACAUGUAUCGGAGGAUGGUGGACUACAUCAGACAAAGCAAGCAUCUGAAGAGUUUUGACCCAUUCCGAGAAAUGAAGGACACAGCCUUAGAGAAGUCCCAGGAUGCCCUUGUUAUCCUUGCAAAGUAUCUAGACAGCACCUCAGAUGAAAAUGGAAAUGUGUACAACCUGUUUGCUGAAUUUAUUCAGAUCGCUCUGUGGGGAAACAAGUGUGAUUUGUCCAUCUCAGCUGGCGUUGAAAACUCACAGAAGAUAAGUCCGCUAUCUCAGCUCAAGGUGUUGAAGGAUAAAAUUCUUGUGGACGACACUGAAAAACUGUGGCAGGUCUUGCAGAAAGCCCGGGAGCACAAAGCUGAGAAUGGGCGGGUCCGAUUGGACAUCGUGUUAGACAACGCAGGCUUUGAGCUGUUCACGGACUUGUGCUUGGCCGAGUUUGCGCUGCGGACUGUGGAUGUCGUUGUCAUGCAUGACAAAGACAUGCCCUGGUUCGUGUCUGACGUGGGGCACAGUGACUUCAAGCACACCCUCGACUUCCUGGAACGCCACGAGAAUGAAUUUUUGCAAAGUCUUGGCCAGAAAUGGACACAGAGACUGCAAGAUGGAUCCUGGAUCCUGCAGGGUCAUCCAUUCUGGACAACACCGCAUGAUUUCAGCGAGAUGCGGUCAGUGAGCCCCGAGUUGCAUGCCGAACUGUCCAACUCGGAUCUGAUCCUCCUGAAGGGAGAUCUGAACUACAGGAAGUUAGUUGGCGACCGGCAGUGGGAGCACACCGUCCCCUAUGCCGAGGCACUAUGCGGAUUCCACCCUGCACCCCACUGUGCCUUGCGGACCAGCAAGGCUGACGUCAUUGUGGGACUGGAGGAGGGCGUUUCUGAACAAAUUGAGGCUGGCGACAAGGACUGGAUGCUGGAUGGAAAAUAUGCUGUGAUCCAGUUCUGUGGAAUUGUCCGAACCUAAGGACUUCAAUUAUUAAUACAGAUACAGACAAGUCAUGUUAAUGUGAAGGUGAGCCAUAAGUCAUAACUACUUUAUGCCAA